CGGCUCAGCGCUGCCGGCAGCCGGGACGGGGCUGGAGGGGCGGGCAGCACCGACGCCGGUCGCCGGUACCGGGCACGGCGCGGCGUGAGCUCACCAUGAUCGUGUGUCCCCAGAGCGCAGAGCACCCCCGAGGAAGCCGGUGUCAGCGGCUGCCGGGGCAGGUAGUGAAGAUGUCUGGCAGCGACCCUGAGCGCCCCCAGCUCCUCUUUGUGAAGGUGCUGGCGAGCUGGGGGCGGCUGGAGGCGGUGACCCAGCAGAUGGGUUACCACCCGCAGUACCUGGACAGCUUCCUCAAGAUGCAGCACUACCUGAUGCACAUGGACGGCCCGCUGCCCUUCGACUGCCGACACUACAUCGCCAUCAUGGCAGCUGCCCGGCACCAGUGCCGGUACCUGGUGAACCUGCACGUGCUGCAGUUCCUGCGGGCGGGGGGCGAUCCCCAGUGGCUACGUGGCCUCGACUUCAUUCCCCCCAAACUCCGCAACCUCAACGAGAUCAACAAGAUCCUGGCGCACCGGCCGUGGCUCAUCACCAAGGAGCACAUUGAGAAGCUGCUGAAAAUUAGUGAGUGGAGCUGGUCCCUGGCGGAGCUGGUGCACGCCGUUGUCCUCCUGGCGCACUGCCACGCGCUCGCCAGCUUCGUCUUCGGCUGUGGCUGCGAGCAGGACGAGGGGCUGGGGGGCCGAGGCUUGAUGAAGCCCUUGUCACCCGGGAACCAGUGCUUCUGCGAAGCCACCGCUGGCAACGGCUGCAGCCAGGAGCUGCUGCGCAUCAACCGCAAGCGGUCCCUGGACUCCUGCAUGGAGCUGGAUUCCCUCCGGGAACGCAUGCAGCGGAUCCAUGUGGAGACUGAGGGCAGGGAGGAGACGUGGCUGCUGCAGCAGGACCGAGAGGAAGAUGCUGACAGGGAAGUCACUGGUGCCACCAACCUUGCAUGCUACAUGCAGGAUCCUGACUUUGGAUACCAGGACUUUGCCCGGCGCGAUGAGGACCAGGCGCAGGUAUUCAGAGCCCAGGAUUACUCCUGGGAAGACCAUGGCUUCUCACUGGUCAACCGGCUCUACUCUGACAUUGGGCAUCUCCUGGAUGAGAAGUUUCGGAUGGUGGAUGGUCUGCAAAGCAGUGCCAUGGCCAAGAGGCAGGGCUGUGAGCCCUCUGUCUUCAAGCGGGGCAUCUGGAACUACAUCCACUGCAUGUUUGGCAUUAGGUACGAUGACUACGAUUAUGCAGAAGUGAAUCACCUCCUGGAGCGAAUGCUCAAAGUUUACAUUAAAACUGUAACCUGCUACCCAGAGAAGACAAACCCAGAAAUGUUUGACAGGUUCUGGAAGCAGUUCAAGCACAGUGAAAAGGUCCACGUGAACCUGCUUAUCCUGGAAGCCCGGAUGCAGGCAGAGCUGCUGUAUGCACUGCAGGCCAUCACCCAGUACAUGAUCUCCUAGACAGUGGGGACCUGCACUGCAGCAGGGCUGGGCAGCAGCCUCUCUCCCUGGACUCAUGUGUGACCUGUCAUGCUGGGACAGAUGGCAAGGGAUUACUCCAUUUAGUUUACUUGACUGUCUUAUUCCCUUUUUUUUUUUUUUUUUUUAACUCCCUCCCCUUGUGGGGCUUGGUGAGCAGCCCUGUUAUGUGCAAUUACCAAACUGUGAGGCAAGUCCGUGCUGCUGAGAUGUCAGUGUGAUGAUGCUGGAGACUUGAACAUGUCCAAGGUGGACUGCCAAAGACAUAGGGUGAGAGGGACAUGGGAGGGGACUGUGGCUGGUUUGGAAGGGUGCUCCCUGUGACUAGAAUCUCCUUGCCCAGGCGCUGCAGGAGCCUAAGCUGGCACAGGGAGGGCAGGGCAGAGCUGGCUUCCUUCCCUGUGCUGCAGUGGCUGCCCUGCUUGCAAGCUGCCCUGCAGCACCUGGCCUUGUUUGGGUGCUGCAUCUCACCUGGGACCAGCCCAGGCAGCUCAUGGGUGCGUUGCAAUGUCCUGAGUUGUGUGGUCAUGCAGGAUAUCACUGGGUCCAAGUGAGGGCCCUUUCCCAGCCUGGGAUGGGAAGGGGGAAGCACUUGCUGCCUAUGUCUCCCAUCCUUUAGGUCUAUGUGCCAAACCCUCCUGGGAUGGACAAGUGAUGACCCAGGUGAACUCCAAACUGUGAAGCUCUUGAUGGCAAAGUGCCCUACUCUCUGACAGAAGGGUGAGAAGGUGUCUAACAGUGUUCAGGCUCUGGAGGUUUCUGCAGGACAGCAGUCCUCAGGGAGCUUGCCCCAAAGCCCCUCCUCUGCCUCCAAUCAGCAGAGGGGCAGGAGGAACAACAGAGGCUUCCUAAGUUAACAUGGCUUGUAUCUUCUCACCACCGUGAAAGGUCUGAGGCCAUGUGCCCAGGCACUUGCUGCUUAAUAGUAUGGUGGAGGAGACUCUGAGAAGCUUGUCUUUGACCCUGGGCUGGGGACUCCCCAUUUGAACAGGCAGCACAUGCACCAAGCCUUGCCCAUCUGCCCAGAGAGCAGGAGCACACACCACUGCUUCCCCCAGUCCCAGGGCUGCUCCCUACCUGUGCUACAGCCCCUGGCUGGGGAGGUGAUCUGUGCAGGCUCCAGAGAACAGCCAUGAAAGGGGACUGAGGCCAUCCCAUGGUAAGUGGGAGCCUGAAGCAAGGGCAGCUGUUGAGUCGGCCCAGCACACGCUGCUUCAGUCGACCUGUUUACUGCGUAAAUGUACGGGGAGAAAACCUUGUGUAUGGAAGCUACAGAAAAAGCCUAUUUUUGCUAUAAAUAUAUUAUGUUUGACAUGGA